AUGGGGGUUCAACACUACGGGCUGCUGCUGCUGCUGCUGUGGCUCGACUGCCACCAGUGGAUUACAGGUAGUGUGUCUGUCAGCAUCAGUCCAUAUAUAAAGUAUUAUGAGGGCCUCUCAUACGACAAGGAGGACCUUCACAGGAAGCACUUGAGAGCCAAGAGAGCUGCACAAUCUCAGGAUUAUACUCUACAUUUGGAUUUCACUGCCUUUCACAGAACUUUCCGUCUGCUUUUGAGACAAAAUGCCGCAGAAUUCUCCGAAAAAUUCAGGGUGGUCAGUGAAAAUGGUUCCACAUCGGCUGACCUCUCCCACAUAUACUCAGGAACUCUACGGGGGGAACAUGGUUCUUCCUGCUAUGGAUCCAUGUUACAGGGUCAGUUUGAGGGAACCAUUCACACUGACAACGGGACUUUCCACGUAGAACCAGCCUAUAGAUACACCAGCAACCCGACAGAUCAUCACUCCAUAAUCUACCACGAGGACGACAUGAUCCUGCCCAACGUGACGUCUGGCCCUGGUGGAUUUUGUGGUGCAGAACAUCUAAACAUCCUCACCCAAAACCUCAGACUCAAUCAGGCGCCAGUGAGCCGCUCAAGGAGAACAUUAGACGAGUCAAAGACCAGCUGCCUGCUGCACCUCCACGCUGACCACCUCUACUACAAGAGGUUCAAGUCUGUUGAAGGUGUUGUAGCUCAGGUUGCCUCCUACAUUCGGGCUGUGAACGACAUCUUCGACAAGGUGGACUUUGACGGAGUCAAGCUGAUCAACUUCAAAGUCAAAUCCCUCAGAGUGAUGACGGAGGACGACAAGAACGAUCCUCUGAAUCGUCUGUACAUCGGCCCUGAGAAGCUGCUGAGUCUGUUCUCGGAGAACGACUGGGGGAACUUGUGCUUGUCCUACCUGCUGACCAACAGAGACUACAGCGGAGUGCUGGGACUCGCCUGGGAAGGCAAAGCUGGUAACUGGGGAGGAGUGUGUUCACAGUAUGCAGCCUUCCGAAACAGCCGGAUGUCCACCCUGAACACAGGUUUGGUCACAGUCCAGAACUAUGGACAGUAUCUGCCUCCUCGACAUGUCCAGCUGACCUUCGCACACGAAUUGGGCCACAGUCUGGGAGCUCCGCACGACGAAGGCUCCAACUGCGGGAACCUGGGCUCCUCCGGCGGCAAAGGAAGGUACCUGAUGUUUCCUCACGCCACGGACGAGGUGCGAGAAAACAACGAUAAGUUCUCGCCGUGCAGCAUCAAACACAUCAGCGAGAUCCUGAAGAUGAAGAAGGACGACUGCUUCGUGGUCAGCGAUCAGCCCAUCUGUGGAAACCAGAUUGUGGAGGACGGUGAGGAGUGCGACGUCGGUCACAAUGACAAAGACGCCUGCUGCUACAGCACUAAAGAGCCUGUCGGAGUCCAGUGUCGCCUCAAGCCUGGAAAAGUGUGCAGUCCGAGUCAGGGCCUCUGCUGUGGUCAGGACUGUAAGUUUAAGCCGACCGGUCAGAUGUGCGACGAGGAGACGGACUGUCAGGAAAAAAGUUUGUGUUCAGGCCUCUCCUCUUUCUGCCCCGAGCCAAACGCCAAAGAAAAUCUCACCGUCUGCAGUCACGGCACGCGAGUCUGCCUGAACGGGGUCUGCUCUGAGUCUGUGUGUCUGAAGCAUCACCUGCAGCAGUGCGACUGUCCAGGAGACUCCCUGAAGGAGAAAUGCCACAUGUGCUGCCAGCAGCCUGAUAAGCCUGAGACAUGUGCCAGCACCACGUCCUCUGUUCUGUCUCGUCACUUCCCGAAGAAAGCGUUGCCUCUGGUGAGCGGAGCUCCGUGCUACGGUAACCGUGGAUACUGCGAUAAAUUCCACGUCUGUCGAAUCCUGGAUGCAGACGGACCCAUCGCCAGACUGAAGAACUCCUUCCUCAACUUGGCCGACUUCGACGAUGUGGCAGAGUGGAUGAAGGCUCAUUGGUGGGCGAUCCUCCUUGCCAUCCUGACAUUUUCCGGAGUGAUGGGUUGCACCGUUUGCCUCUGCAGCCGAACUCUGAACACACGUGACUUGGAGUGACCUUUCAAACUCUGACCUCUGAGAAUCCAUCACGAUGACACACAAAUUCUUCUUAAGUGGGAUUUUUAGAAGUGUCAAGGCCACAUGGAGGAGAUAUUUCCAACUUUGUUCCACAUGUCAAACAGUUCGUGAUCCAACAGGUGACCUUAAAAAACACUGAGCACCUGCCCAGAGAUUCUCACCAUGUUUUGCUAGCUGACACCGCCGUACGUCAUUGUGCAUCAUUACUUUUCCCUGUGCGUUGGCUUCACUUCAUCGAGCGGUGAGGGCCUCCGCUGAUGUAUGUGUUGUGGAAAAUGUUGCUGCUGCCAACUGUGGUCAGACAGACCCGUCGUCCGACUGAAGCUGGAUACCUACAGCAAUUUAAAACCUCCAGAGCCUGCAAAUACUGCAGUGAAGUGAGCGCUAAUUUCAGCCUUCUGAUGACCAUACAGGUUUCCAUCUCAGUGAGACAAGUGCAAAUUAGGGAUUAGCUCACAUGACCUUUGCAGACAGGUCUGUCGUUUGCAUGUUUACAAGGGGAGAAGUUAAUAAUAUGGCAUUUACUGUGUUUGUAAUCUAAGUAAAUAACUGUUUAGGCUACAGGUACUGAAUGUAAACACAAUUUGGAGGCACUUUCUUUGAGUGGUUUCAUCUAUUCUGUAUUUUGUGUUUAUUUUACUACAAACCAGAGUGAAAUAUUGUACUUUUUACAAUAUUUUGCAACUUAUGAGCCACUUUAAAGAUCAAGAAUAGUAUAAAAACACAUUACAAACAUCUUAAAUGCAAUGCAUUGUAAAGAUUUCCAACUUUUUGGGAGUUUUGACCUUUUCUAAAGACAGAAUGUGUUGAGCCUUAAGUUGGGAAAAGUAGGUAAUGUGGCAUUAGACAUGUUUGCAAUCUCAAAAAUAUAACGGUUUAGGUAUGGGUACUGAAUGCAAAUACAAUUUGGAGACACUUU